AUGGCUUCACAAAGUCCCCUCUAUAUCGGAUUCGAUCUAUCGACCCAGCAACUCAAGGGCUUGGUGGUCAAUUCCGAGCUGAAGGUCGAAUACAUUGCCAAGUUUGACUUCGAUGCGGACUCGACCGGCUUCCCGAUCAAAAAGGGCGUCUUAACCAACGAGGCCGAACAUGAGGUCUUCGCCCCGGUCGCCCUGUGGCUGCAGGCCCUGGAUACCGUGCUGGAUAGCUUGCGCAAACAAGGACUAGAUUUCAGCCGAGUGAAGGGCAUCAGUGGCGCCGGCCAGCAGCAUGGAAGUGUCUACUGGAGCUAUGAUGCGGAGACGCUACUCAGCAAGCUCGACCCGAAGAAGUCACUGGAGGAACAGCUCCCAGGCGCCUUUUCCCACCCCUACAGUCCCAAUUGGCAGGAUUCCAGCACCCAAAAAGAGUGUGACGAGUUCGAUGAGGUUCUCGGGGGCCCCGAGCAAUUGGCGGAGGCAACCGGAAGCAAAGCACACCACCGCUUCACAGGCCCUCAAAUUCUUCGGUUCACCCGGAAACAUCCCGAGGUGUACCAGAAGACAGCCAGGAUCUCGCUGGUCUCUUCCUUCAUUGCAUCCCUCUUCCUGGGCCAUGUGGCCCCUUUCGACAUUUCGGACGUCUGUGGGAUGAACUUAUGGAACAUCAAGAAGGGUGCUUACGACGACCAAAUUCUCCGGCUAUGCGCGGGAAAGUUUGGCAUCGAGGAUCUGAAGACGAAGCUGGGCGAGGUGCCGGAGGAUGGAGGCCUGCACCUGGGAUCAGUCCACCCAUAUUAUAGAGAGCGCUACGGCUUCAGUGAAGCAUGUACGAUCAUUCCAGCCACUGGUGACAACCCCGCGACCAUCCUCGCGCUCCCCCUCCUCCCUUCAGAUGCCAUGGUGUCGCUUGGUACCUCCACUACCUUCCUCAUGUCGACUCCCAGCUAUCAACCCGACCCUGCCACCCACUUUUUUAACCACCCGACCACCGCGGGUUUGUAUAUGUUCAUGCUGUGCUACAAAAAUGGAGGGUUAGCUCGCGAGCACGUCCGCGAUGCCAUUAAUGAAAGUCUCAAGGACAGCCCGAGCCAGCCCUGGGCCAAUUUUGAUGAGAUUGCUUUGAGCACUCCCCCCUUGGGCCAGCAGAACCCGACCGACCCCAUGAAGAUGGGACUGUUCUUCCCCCGCCCCGAGAUUGUGCCGAACCUGCGCUCAGGUCAGUGGCGGUUCAACUACGACCCGACUAGCGGUAAUCUCAAGGAGACCACCGAGGGUUGGGUCCGACCUCAAGAUGAGGCCCGUUCCAUCAUCGAGAGCCAGAUGCUCUCUCUCCGGUUACGGUCCCGAGGCCUGACCACGAGCCCGGGCAAUGGGCUCCCAGCCCAGCCCCGACGAGUGUACCUGGUGGGCGGUGGGUCUAAAAACAAGGCGAUCGCUCAGAUCGCGGGUGAGAUCCUUGGCGGAGCUGAGGGCGUGUACAAGCUUGAUAUUGGCGACAAUGCAUGUGCGUUAGGUGCUGCAUACAAGGCCGUGUGGGGCAUUGAGCGUCAGGAGGGCCAGACGUUUGAAGAUCUGGUCGGCCAGCGAUGGCAUGAAGAAGAUUUCAUUGAAAGAAUUGCGGACGGCUAUCAAAAAGGCGUGUUUGAGCAGUAUGGCCAGGCUGUGGAAGGCUUCGAGAAGAUGGAACAACAGAUUCUGCGCCAAGUGGCCUUGGCCAACGGUAAUUGA